UAUCAGUUAUCUUAAACUAGUGUCGACGUCGGUGGCAACUUUAGUACAUACUAACAUUGUUUUCAGGUUCCGGUGUCUUCGAAUGUCCAAUUCUAUCCAGCUCGAGCUUAGGAACAUACCUUCAAAUCUCAAUUCAACUGAUUCCGCGCUCAGAUUGACUAAAUCAAAGAAUACUUACUGCGGUAGGUCCGGUCCGCUGCAGGCCCAGGUCACCAGACAAGCCAUCGAGCGCUGGCUCGAUAACGUGGUGAUAAGAACAUUUCGAAUAACUCGCGUGAUUGCCCACAUCCCUAGCAGUGCGUCCCAAGGCUACUCCCACAACAUGGUGUCCUUGAGGUUCUGUCUUUUCGUGUCUGUAAUUCUGUGUAUUUCGACUGUCCUGGCAGCUGUACAAGUGCAUCCAGUCGCCCGUGCUGUCUCCUCGUCUGCCACAUGCAUUGACACAUUCUCAUGGAUGAACGACGCUCAAGAUUACUCGCCUUGUCUUACAGUCGCUUAUGUUGAGGCUGCAUGCAUUGGGAACGAUUAUAUCCAACCCGUCCUUCAGAACAACUAUUCAUACUCCUUGCCAAAUUCUUCGUCGGAAAGUCCAUGUUAUUGUUCUUGGUCGUCCUACAAUCUCAUGAUGGCGUGUACUUUAUGUCAAGGGUCUAAUUUCACCAACUCCGUCUGGACAUGGCCUACCUGGGCAUCCGGGUGCACUGCCAACUCGUCAUGGACACAAGAGUUUGUUCAGGUUUUAUGGUUUGUUGAGCUGCGCUCACUGAUUAUAGAUAUUUCCCUUCUGGAGGAUAUGAGCUUGCUGGAAAUGCGUCCAUACCUUACUGGGCCACUACAAAUCCGACGACCUGGACAUAUGCAACUUUCAAUAUCCAAGAUGCGAAUGCUACUUAUUCACAGAAUCCUUCUAACAUCACUCCAGGCGCAACCUCAUCAUCAUCUAGCGGUUCAAGUUCAACCCCAUCAUCAUCUAGCACUUCAAAUUCAAGCUCAAAAUCAACUGACGUGGGUGCAAUAGUUGGUGGCACCGUUGGAGGCGCAGCUGCACUUUUACUUGUCGCCUUCGGCGCGUAUCUACUGUACAGACGCCACGUGUACAAGCAAGGACGUUACACUU